AUGCUGCAGCUGUUGCAGCAGCAACAGCUGCAGCAGCAGCUGCAGCAGCAGCUGCAGCAGCUGCAGCUCGGGGCUGUCUUUAAACCCCUCUUCUUUGGGGCUUUAAGAAGGCGCUGCAUGCACCUUUCCUGCUGCACGCUGCUGCAGCUACGGACCCCCAGCAGCAGCAGCAGCAGCAGCAGCAGCAGGGGUUCGUGGGUGCCUUCUGUGUCUCAGAGGCGAGCAUUUAGUAUUGCUGCUGCGGCAGCCCUGCAGCCAGCAGCAGCAGCAGCAGCAACAGCAGCAGCAUCAGAGGCUGCAGUUGAUGUAGGAGUAGCAGCACCAACGAAAGAGCAAGCAGCAGCAACAGCAACAGCAGCAGAAGCAGCAACAGCAACAGCAGUAGAAGCAGCAUCGGCAGAGGCAGCAGCAGAAGAAGCAGCAGCAGAAGAAGAAGCAGCAGCAGCAGCAGCAGCAGCAGGAGAAGCAGUUAGCCUUCAUUUCGUCUGGAGAACAGCAACCGGCGGCAGCAGCAGCUGGAAGUGUCUCCAUGCUUGCAGCAAUUUGCUGCUGCUGCGGCUGCAGCAGAUACAACGCGAUGCUGCAGCUACACUGCAGCAGCAGCAACAACAACAACAACAGGAGCAGCAGCAGCAGCAACAGGAACAGCAGGCGGAAGAAACUACUGCCCUCUCGAUAGAGCACAUUGAGGACUUGGCGUCUUCAUUUUAUUUGUCUGCUGCACUUCGUCUGCCUGACCCCGCGUUGCAUGCAGCGCUGCAUGCAGCAGCAGCAGCUGCUGCUGCUGCCCUCAAAUCCCUUAGAUUAACAGCAGCAGCAGCAGCAGCAGCAGCAGGGACAACUGCAGGUGUUGCUGCUGCCACGGAUGCAGCAGAACCGACUCACAAAGCAGCAACAGCAACAACAGCAUCAGCAGCAGCAGCAGAUGCUGCUGCUGCUGCUGCUGCUGCACUGGGAAAGAUAGGCUUGAGGCCUUUGGCGCUGCUGCUGCGGUGUAUGUUCACCUCUCCAAGCAGCAGCAGCAUUGAUGUAGCACUGCAGCAGGCGUUGCAGCUGCCGCCUGCUGCUUUGACGGAUGCUGCUGCUGCAGAUGCUGCUGCUGCUGCUGCUGCUCCUGUGGCUCUCCGCAUGCAGCAGCACGCUGCACUCUAUGAAGAAAUUCUUACAGGGGUUUUGCUGCUGACGCAGCGCAGCAGUUAUCCUCCUGCUGCUCUUAUCAAUUGUCUGCAUGCAUGCAGCAGCAGCAUUAGCAGCAGCAACAGCAGCAGCAGCAGCAGCAGCAGCAGCGGCAGUUUGGAGUACAAACGCCGCACGGCAGACGAUGCUGUUGAGCUGCUGCUGCUGCAGCUAAAGAAGAAAGAAACAGCAGCAGCAUUGCAAGUACAGGAAGCUGUCGAUUUACUUCAGGCGCUGCUGCUGCUGCACACACAUUCAAAGCAGCAUGCUGUUGCUGCUGCAGCAGUGCUACACAGCGUCAGCAAAGCGUUGCUGCUGCGGAACGAGUUGUUCGUGCGGCAGCAGCUGCAGCAAGUGGUUGGAGCAGCAGCAGCAGCAGCAGCAGCAGGAAGGAAGAACGACUUUGUUUGUCUCCUGAGCCCAGCAGAGCUUUCUCUUUUGCUGACAGCAGCAGCAAAAUAUAAAUACUUUGAAGAGGAUCUGUGGGGCUUUUGCUCGACGCAUUUGCUGCAGCACCUGCAGCAGCACCAACAGAAGCAGAAGCAGCAGCAGCAGCGGCAGCAGGAGCAGCAGCAGCAGCAGGGUUUGUUGCCGCUUCAUCUUGCUGCAGCAGCAUACGCUUGUGCUGCUGCACCUCCUGGCCUGUCUCGGGUUCAGCAGCUGCUGCUGCAGAUUGCUGUUGCUGCGCGGCAGCAGCUUGCUUCUUUCUCGCUCCCACAGAUGAGUCAGAUGUUCUGUGCUGCUGCGGCAGCAAGCAGCAAACGGGUUGCUGCAGCAGCAGCAAAUCACAGGCAUGCAGCACAGACGCUGCUGCUGCAGCAGCAGCCGCAAGAUGCUGUCGCGCUGCUGAAGGCGCUGGGAAAGGCUAAAAUGCUGCACCGGCCUCUAAUGCAGCUUGCAUACAGCGCACCGUCGCUGCAGCAGCGCUUGCUGCUGCGGUUGGCUUGUAUAGACACCCCACCGCAGCAGCAGCAGCAGCAGCAGCAGCAGCAGAGGGGCGUGGACGAACUUCAGCAUGGAGAGGUGUCUCCUUCUCAGGCGCAGAAAGAGCAGCAGCAGCAGCAGCAGCAGCAAGAGCAGCAGCAGCAGCAGCAAGAGCAGCAGCAGCAGCAGCAGCAGUUGCUGCUGCAGCAGCAUCUUGGUGUAGAGGAGUGUUUAGUAAUAAAAGAAGCAGCAAAUUGUUUUUCUUUGGUUGUGCCCGACCCUCUGCAGCAGCACCUCAACAGCAUUAUAACAGAAGAGGUAUUUGUUUAUUUAAUUUAA